AUGCAGUGUGAACAGGAUCAUCCUCUUAAAUCGUGGCUUUUAGAGCAGGCUAAGUAUCUGGAAGAAAUGAUCUGUCUGGAAGGCCGCGGAUAUGAUAUGCAGCAUGCUAAGUGUCAUUGCAAUGGCGAGGGGGAGCCAAUUUACCGGUGCAGAGAUUGCUUUGGAACUGAGAUGAUGUGUCAAGAUUGUAUCGUCGGAUGUCAUGCAAGCCAUCCUUUGCACAGAAUAGAUGAAUGGGACAAGAAGUUUUUCCGGUGCACCUCACUGAAAUGCCUUGGCUUGCGUGUGCAGCUCGGGCAUAGUCCAGGGGAAUGGUGCCUCAAUGCCAAAUCUGCCAGCGAUGAUGGCUUUGUAGUCGUUGAUGUGCAUGGGAUUCAUGAAAUUGGAUUGGAUUAUUGUGGGUGCGAAAGGGUGCAGAUUCACUAUAUUCAGUUGCUACGCGCACGUUGGUUUCCAGCUACGUCUUCUGAGCCUCAGACGGCAGCAAGCUUCGCUCUUCUGGAGAUGUUCCAUCUGCUGUCUUUUGAAUCAAAAGUUUCAGCAUACGAGUUCUAUCAUAGUCUGGCCCGACGCUCUGACAACACCGGAAUGACUCCGAUCAAGGACCGCUAUUCUGCUUUUUUAAGAAUGAUACGAGAGUGGCGCAAUCUGAAGGCUUUCAAACGGGCGGGAAAAGGUCAUGAUCCUGAUGGCCUGGGCUCUAUACGUGAGGGGGAAUGUGUAGUAGUGUGUCCUGCAUGCCCCCAUCCGGGCAAGAACCUGCCAGAAGGCUGGGAGAAGGCACCAACCAAUACAAGAUGGCUGCAUGCCCUUUUUCUUGCAAUAGACGCGAACUUCCGUCUCAAACGGAAAGUGGUAUCAAGUGACGACUGUGACCCUAGCUUGAAUGCUGGGUCAGCGUAUUUUGUUGAAGAAUGUGAAUACAAGACAUACCUGGCGGAACGCAUCACUGUGCCACAAGAGCGGAGUACAUGCGUUAGCCACAAUGCUGUUAACAUGGCCGAUACGAAGUCAGCAAGAGGUCUCGCAGCCACAGGUGUAGGAAUAGUUGACUGUGCACGGCACGAGAUGAAGCUCGCUCACGGUGUUGGUGAUCUUCAAAAGGGGGAGAAGUACGUGAACAUGGACUACUUAGUUUUCUCCGUGAUCGCCGGCAGCAACGUACUCGACUUCAACCUGUCUUACGAUAUCGUGUGCCAAUGGCACAAGAAGAUCUGGAAUCGUUUGGACACCAUGCCUCUCAAUCUAUGGUUUGAUCGGGAGAAGAAACACUUGCGAUUUUUUGUCCCAAAAUUUCAUCUCAAUGCUCAUGUCCCCGCUUGUCAGACAAAAUUUUCAUUUAAUUAUUCAAAGGGUGUGGGGCGCACAGACGGAGAAGCGCCAGAGAGAGGUUGGGCCAAUAUCAACCGGGUAGCUACAAGCACCAGAGAAAUGGGUCCAGGCUCGCGUCGUGAUACAUUAGACGACAAUUUUAGUGACUGGAAUUGGAAGAAAGUCACGAUGCUUGGUCGCACUCUCCUACGUAAACUGAAGGAUGCGGUGAUCUGCGCCAAGUCCCAUGGUGAAGAACUCGUGGAUCUUGAGCGCGCCAUCGAUGAGGUUAACCUUGCCACCUGGAAAUCAGAAGUGGAGUCUUGGGAAGAGGACAGUUCACAGCCUAAUCCAUUCGAAAGCCGUGUUGCACAUAAGUCAAUGACACAGACUGUGGUCCGACUACAACUUGCUGAGAACGAGGCUCGUGAUUUAGAGGCUGGUAUCAACACUUCCUUGCACAAUGAAAUAUCACCAUUUCGGCUCAUCUCCUCUGGAUUAGACUUAGAAGAUCAACAGCGUCAUUUUCGUGCAGAUGCUGCUGCUCUCGGGGUUCAUGCCACAGAAACCCAAAGAACCAACUUGUGCAUGCGAGGCAACGCACUUCGGCGCAAGAUCGAGGCAUGGACAGUGGUCCAGGCCCUUUAUAUUCCUGCUGUUGUCUCACUCCGUGCAGGAGAUCUAUCAGCCCCAGUUGCAGGCACUGACAAACCUGACAAUCUCACUCUCUGGUUGCCUUCCACAUUGCCGCCUGCAUACCAAUGUGACCAUGUCCUUCGCAUGCUGGAAUGGGAUCUGAGAUUUUCUCAGGCGAAAGAUGCUUUGAAUGAAGUACGCCAGACUAUACGACUCUCCUCCCACCUCAAGUCAUUCAAGCGCAUUCAUAUACGUGGCCAACGAGCAUCAACACGUGCUCGUGGCAUGUUGGAUCUCAUGGAAACCAAGAAGAUGGCAAGCAAACUCAAGUAUGAUGAUGCACGCUCAGCGCUCCUCACUCUCGGGCCAUUGCUCGGCAAGGUGGCUUGGGAGGAGAGUUUACAUGUAUUACAUGUCAUGGACAUGCGCCCAUUGGGUGAUAUCGCUGCCGGUCAGUCAGAAGGCACACGAGAUAUCUCGUGGAUCUGGAAAACACCAGGUGCCUUGCACAACGGCGAUGCUGGCCUGCAAGACUGCCUGCGCAUCGAAUGGUGCAAAGCGCGAGCACGUGCAGAACGCUGGUCAGAAGAGGUCUUGUUGCUUCUCGAAGAAAUGCGCAGAGUGGUCGAGUUUUUCUGGUGGCAGUCGCGCUGGUGGAAAGAACGAGGAGCUGUUGUUUCUGGUCCUGCCUUCUAUCAGGAGGGAGCUCUCGCCUAUGCAGAACGACAAGCGUGCCUACGGUUAGCGAUGGCUAACCACUGCCAACGACUUUGGAUUGAUGUUCCAAAAAUAGUAGCAUCUCAACUUCUUCCAGGCGACAAUGACGACAAUGACGACGACAACUCGGACGUACCUACUGAUGUAUAUAUUGAGGGCCCACCACCCGAUGAAAUCGAGAAUUGA